UCAGGUGGACAAAGCUCGUCGGUUGGCCCCUUGGCUAGACUCCUCCCCAACGGAGAUUCCACAAGAUAUGUUGCCCGAGAGGUUACCGAUUCAUUGAAUACAUUGUUAGGGGCAGUUUUGUCCGAAUCUUCCAGGCAAGGUUAUUGUCGAGCCUGGUCAAUUUAUGUACAGUUUUGUCAUCGGUCACUGCCCGGCCAACCUUUGGCUCCUCUUUCUGUCACCAACUGUUCACUUUUUGUGGCAUACCUUUUUUCACAGAAAUACGCCCCUGCGACCAUAGCCAGUUAUUUAUCAGCAGUCUGUUUUUUCAUGAAAUGGGGGGGAUACCCUGACCCAUCUGCUUCUUUCAUAGUUAGAAAGCUAUUGGGCGCUGCUCAAAACCUGCAAGCUAGGGCUGACCUUCGUCUCCCUAUCACGAAAAGCAUCUUAGCUACGCUCCUGGCUUCGAUUCCAAGGGUUUAUUCUGUGCAGUACCAACAACGGCUUGUAGCCGCCAUGUUUUCGACAGCUUUUCACGCAUUUUUACGCAUUGGCGAGUUGGUGCCUAAGUCCGCACAAGCAACUGCGUCAUGCUUACAAUUUAGUGAUGUUUCGACCACCAACAGCGAAGUUUUAAUUUCAAUCUUGCGCUUUAAGUCCAGUAAGGCCCAGGGGCCUCAAUGUAUCCACAUUCAGGCAUCUUUGCCCCCAUGUCCGGUCUCAACUUUAACUCGUUUCAUGGCAGUAAGAGGGCCAAUUGCAGGCCCUCUAUUUUUAUCAGAGUCAGGCCGCCCGGUAAUCAGAAGGGAAUUUGAUCUGAUUCUUAAAACAAUGCUUAAUUUCUGUGGGCUUGACUCAAGUCGUUUCAAGGGACAUUCUUUUAGAAUCGGGGCGGCCAGUGAUGCCGCCAUGCAAGGUAAAUCCGAUGCACAAAUCCGACUGCUUGGGCGUUGGUCCUCAGACGCCUUCCGUAGAUACAUACGCAUUAAUUAGGCACUAAGCAUACCAUUUUUCGUGGUCAGAUUUGUGGUUCUUGGGUUGUCAGUCUUAGGCUGCAGCUUAUAGCUUUCAAUUGUAUAUAUAAUUAAGGGUCAACUUGAGGUAAUUGUCAAGUACAUGUAAAGUAUAGGCUAAUCUUAAUCUUAAGUUGUCAGUCUUAGGCUGCAGCUUACAAUUCUCAAAUUGUGUAUAACUACAUCCUGUGUAUAAUUGCAUCCUGUUUGUGGUCCAAUUAGGGCCUUCCAGCAGGUUACCCUUAAUCUCUUAACUACGUUAAUCUGGGUUUUUAAAGUACUUUCACAGAGUUAAGGCACCUCACGGCUUAGCCUAUUUAUUUAUGCUGCCCUUCAUUUCCACUAACGGAAGUAAGCUUCCUGCUUGGGCUCCUGGUAGUCUACAAUCGCUAACACGUAAUCAAACGAUUAGGGAUAAGCUCUAGCCUCCCUUACUCAUUAGCUUUUCUUUUUAGAGAUGCCUGGGUGCCUCCAGCAAUUUUGGCUAGCAACACAAACAGUGCCAAGUAUUUCAAUUCGGCUCUAUAAGCUGUGGGUUUAAUUGAUUUAAAUUGUUACUUCUUACAUUUGCUUUACUCUUGCGUUUCCUUAAAGGCCACAGUUUUCUAUAUUCGUUUUGACGGUAUU